GCACCGGGUUUGCUUACGCCCGGUGUGCUAAUCCCCAACCCCAACGGAGAAGAGACGGGUGGUUCGUCAGACAGUUCGUCGCGUCGCCGAGCAGGACCUCCUGAAUCCCCCCUCCUCGGCCUUCACAGCUGCUCCGAUGGCCGGCUCCGAGGCUGAGCAGAAAGUCGUGGUGCACGUUCGCUCGACCGGCAACGCGCCGAUCCUGAAGCAAGACAAGUUCAAGAUUUCAGGACGAGAUAAAUUCUUGAGGGUUAUUGAGUUUCUUCGCCGACAACUUCAUCAGGAUACGCUGUUUGUCUAUGUCAACAGUUCGUUUUCUCCAAGCCCAGACGAGCUGGUAAUUGACUUGUAUAAUAAUUUUGCAAUAGACGGAAAGCUUGUGGUAAACUAUGCUUUAUCGGCAGCGUGGGGUUAAAAAAAUGGAUUUGUGGGGAGAAUCGAAUGGAUCGAAAAGGCCGUUUGAAAUUUGACUGUUUUACUGUGUAUAUAGCUGGAGUUGUAGUUUUGGUCAGUCAAAGAGGCACUAGCUCUCACAUAUGUUGAUGAUGAAAGUAAAGGUUCAUGGCUUUGCGAGACUGCUUUUUCCGGCAUGGAAGUAUCCAAGUGUUGGUGGUGGUA